AUGGAUGUGGAUGACAUUUUGAGUGGGAAGGGUUUUUUGUUUGAGAAGAGUCUAGAAGGAGGUGUGGGGAAAAUUGUUUCAACCAUAGAGUUGGGUGGACUCAACUUCCGUUGCCACAACUCGUGGAACACUAAGACAAGGAUUCGGUUGGAUGAAAUUCCAAGAUUCCCCACUAUCUACCUUUAA